AUGGCUCCUCACGCUGAACCUCAAUCGCAGACUACGGAGCAGACAUCUUCUGGUCAAUUCACCAACCCACCGUGUAAUAUGCUGCAUGUUGACGGUGCAGAUAUUGUUGAUGCUUCAGGUUCAAGAAUCAUUUUGAAGGGUGCAGGUCUUGGUGGUCAUAUGAACUUCGAGAAUUUCAUUACUGGAUAUCCUGGCCAUGAACACGAACACAGAGCUGCAAUGGCUGAAGUUUUGGGCAAAGAAAAGGCACAAUUCUUCUUCGACCGUCUGAUUCAUUAUUUCUUUACCGAUGCAGAUGCCGCAUACUUCCAGAGCCUUGGACUGAACUGUAUCCGAGUGCCAUUCAACUAUCGCCAUUUUAUUGACGACGACAACCCGACUGUUAUUAAAGACUCUGGUUUCAAGUUGCUGGAUAACAUUGUGGAUAUCUGUGGCAGGCACAAUCUUUACGUUAUUCUUGAUCUUCACGCUGUCCCUGGUGGGCAGAACCAGGACUGGCAUUCCGACAGUGGUAUGGGCAAGGCCUUGUUCUGGGAAUUCAAAGUCUUCCAAGAUCAAAUGAUAGACCUCUGGGUCGCUCUGGCCAAACACUACGUCGGAAAUCCAGUCAUCGCCGGCUACAAUCCUCUUAACGAGCCCGCAGAUCCCAAACACACUCGCCUUAUCAACUGGUACGACCGCAUCGAAAAGGCAAUCAGAAAAGUCGAUCCUGACCACAUCCUCUGGGUCGACGGCAACACCUACGCCAUGGAUUUCAGCCACUUCACAACAAUCAUGCCAAACACCGUCUACGCCUGCCACGACUACGCAAACCUCGGCUUCCCCAUCCCAGGCCAAGACCCCUAUACCAACACCCUAGAACAAAACUCCAAACUCCGCCGCCAAUUCAACCGCAAAGCGGAGUUCUCACGCACGCACAACGUACCUUUGUGGAAUGGCGAAUUCGGACCCGUCUACGCCGAUCCUUCCGCAGACCCCGAAGCCGACAAGACAAACAUCUCUCGCUUCGGCGUGCUCAAAGAGCAGUUGAAAAUUUACGCCGAAUCGCAAAUUCAUUGGACGAUUUGGUUGUAUAAAGAUCGGAAACAACGCCUCGGUCUUGAUUUCUGGGGCGUGGUGGACAAAUCCGGUGUUUCCGAGACGUAUGACCCCUUUUUGCGGGAUUUAAAAGCCAUGGUUCCGGAGCAUUUGCAGGGGAUCAAGUAUCCGGAUCAUUGGUCAUUUGACAGACAAUUCGAACGAAUCAUCAGAGAGUGUUUGUUGAGUGAGUAUUUGGGUAUGGAAUUUGCGGAACUUUUCAAGGGGAAAAGUGAGCAAGAGUUGGACGGAUUGGCGCAGAGUUUCAAAUUUGAGAACUGUGUUACUAGGGACACGUUGACGGAGAUUCUGCAGGAAGACGCGGCGAAAUCGAGGGCGCAGAAGUAA